GUUCCUGGCCUGGUGCUUACUGAGUUGCGAUUGCAAGGGUGAAACAAAGGAAACCACCACCAUGUUGUUGCCGGAGAAGGAUCGUGGCUCGAGAGGUAGAAGCUGCUGAAGAAGCCCACCCUUAACCCUGAUGGCAGUUUUUUGCUCACCCCUCGCUCGCCAUUCUUUGGUCAGGUGGCAAUUAAACUUUCCAGUAGCUUUUCCACCUGGUCAUGUUCGGGUUAACAAUUUAAAGUUACACAAACAAUGGUCUGGUAAAUUGCUCUGCUUAAGCAAGAACUCAGAAGAGCCUGAAACUGAUAAUGUGACAAAAGACGAGGCUAUAAAUGGCAAACCAUCAUCAAAAGCUUCUGAAAGAUCACCAAAAAGAGGCAGGAAGAAGAAAUCAGAGGAUUCAGGGGGGAUCACGGUUUCAGCAGUGGCUACUAAUGGUGAACUGGAAGAGAACAUUGCACCUGUGUCCAAGGAAAAGGCUGGCACUGUAUCACGAAGAGCUCGAAAGAAAGCCACGGUGAAGUUACCUGUGUCCGACGAAGAAAAGGAUACCAAGAAGGCUAGUGGAAGGAAGAGAACAAAGCAGACUGAUGUUAGCAAGCAGGAUGAUAGUGACACUGAAGAGUUUGAGAACCUGGAGAAACUAAGCUUGAAAAGUGACAAAGAGGAAGACCCAAAAUUAAACCUACCUGAGGAUGAAGACAUCAGUAUGACAUACGGUUGGCCACCUCUUGUUUGCUGCUUUGGAGCAGCUCAACAUGCAUUCUUACCCUCUGGAAGGCCUGCUAACAGGCUGAUAGACCCUGAUAUUCAUGAAGCCAGAAAAGAUAUGUUAUGGGCUCCAGAACGGUUUGUGCGGGCUCCUGGAGGAUCGUCAUCCAGUGUUGCAGUUGCUCUUGCCAGUAUUGGUGGGCGGGCUGCAUUCAUGGGUAAACUUGGAGACGAUGAGUAUGGUCAGGGUAUGCUUUACUUUUUAAAUGUAAAUGGCGUCCAGACAAGAUCAGUAUGUAUGGAUGGUUCAAAAACGACAGCAAUGACCUAUAUGAAGAUCAAUAAAAGGGGUGCUAAACUAAAUGGUACUUGUGUCGGACCAUGUGCAGAAGAUUGUCUGCUGAGUUCCGAAAUCAAUAUUGAUGUUCUAAAGGAGGCAAAGAUGUUUUACUUCAACUCGUCAUGCCUGCUUGAUGAUAGCAUGCGAGGUACAACCAUGCAGGCGAUCAAGAUUGCAAAAAAAUUUGGUGCAUCCAUCUUUUUUGAUUUGAAUCUCCCAUUGCCCCUGUGGGAGUCCAGUUCAGAAACGAAGAUGUUCAUUGACCAAGCAUGGAAGCAGGCCAACUUCAUUGAGGUGACCAAACAAGAAAUAGAGUUUCUAUGUGAAAUCAAACCUUCUGAGAAGUUCGACACAAAUGAUAAUGACAAGUCAAAGUUUGUACAUCAUAAGCCGGAAAUGUUUUCUUCACUGUGGCAUGAAAAUCUGAAAGUUCUGUUUGUUACCAAUGGGACAUCAAAGAUACACUAUUACACUGGUACUUGCAACGGUUCAGUUCUUGGCAUGGAGGAUCCUCCAAUCACUCCUUUUACAUGCGACAUGUCUUCUGCAGGAGAUGGAAUUGUUGCAGCCAUCAUGAAGAAAUUUGUAGUGCAACCAGAGUUGUCUACUGAUAAGGGAUACCUGCACCAUACGCUUAAGUAUGCUAUAAAUCGUGGAGUUACAGAACAAUGGAUAAUGGCUCGGAUUAGAGGCUUUCCCUCUCAUGAAGGAACUGAAGGAGACUUCGCUUUUGAACUGAAUGGAAGAAGAAGCCUUUCGGAGAAGGAAUUCAGAACCUUGGAACCUCAAAGCCCUUAAGCUAAGUCCAAUGUGUCCACUUCCAUUCCAUGGAAAAAUUUUGUACGCCUUUAGUCCAUUUCAUUGUUGACAGAGGAUAAAUAGAUGAGGCUUUUCAAUA